CUUUGGGCCGGCUGCCAGGGUAUAGUGGUGACCUCUUCCUCCAUAAGCAUGGCCUCCCAGAAGAACCUGGAGAAGAGCUGACAGGAGAAGACAUAGUCAGAGAUCAAGAUGGAUCAGCCAAAGUGUAGCCCCAAAGAAGAGGAGGAGGAAGAGGACAACAUGGAGAGUGAUGAUGGGAAUGAUGACUAUAAGGAUGCUGACUACAAGGAGGAGGAGAAUGAUGAAGAUGACCAAGAUGAUGAGGGCCACUGCCACAGCCGCACCAGAGAGAAGCUGUUCCACUGUGCUAAGUGCACCAAGAGCUUCAGUGACAAAUCUGACCUUGCUGCCCACAAGCACACACACACUGGUGAGGGGCCUUUCCCCUGUCCCGACUGCAGUAAGAGGUUUAGGCAGAUUGACUACCUUGUGCAGCAUCGCCGCACACACACUGGCGAGAAGCCCUUCAGCUGCACUGACUGUGGCAAGAGCUUCAGGACCAAAUUCCAGCUCACUGUCCACCGCCGCAUGCACACUGGUGAAAAGCCCUACAGCUGCACUGACUGCGGCAAGAGCUUCAGGAGAAAAUCUCAUCUCACUGUCCACUGCCGCAUGCACACUGGUGAGAAGCCCUACAGCUGUGGUGCCUGCAGCCAGACUUUCACUGACAGGUCCUCUCUCACCAGGCACCGUCAUGUCCACACUGGUGAGAAGCCCUACAGCUGCACUGACUGUGGCAACAGCUUCAGGACCAAAUUCCAUCUCACUGUCCACUGCCGCAUCCACACUGGCCAGAAGCCCUUCAGCUGCACUGACUGUGGCAAGAGCUUCAGGACCAAAUUCAACCUCACUGUCCACCACCGCAUGCACACUGGCGAGAAGCCCUACAGCUGCACUGACUGUGGCAAGAGCUUCAGGAGCAAACGCAGUCUCAUUCUUCACCGCCUCAUCCACAGUGAUGAGGAGCCCUACAGCUGCACUGACUGUGGCAAGAGCUUCACCAGCAUCUCUGCCCUCAACAACCACUGCUGGAUCCACACUGGCGAGAAGCCCUACAGCUGCACUGACUGCGGCAAGAGCUUCACCAGCAUCUCUGCCCUCAACAACCACUUCUGGAUCCACACUGGUGAGAAGCUGUUCUCCUGUGCAGAGUGUGGCAAGAGCUUCACCCAGAGCGCCUCAUUGCUCCAGCACCGCCUCAUCCACAGUGGUGAGAAGCCCUAUUGCUGCACUGACUGCGGCAAGAGCUUCAGGAGAAAAUCUCAUCUCACUGUCCACCGCCGCAUGCACACUGGUGAGAAGCCCUACAGCUGCACUGACUGUGGCAACAGCUUCAAGACAAAAUUCGAGCUCACUGUCCACCACCGCAUGCACACUGGCGAGGAGCCCUACAGCUGCACUGACUGUGGCAAGAGCUUCAGGAGCAAACGCAGUCUCAUUCUCCACCGCCUCAUCCACAGUGAUGAGGAGCCCUACAGCUGCACUGACUGUGGCAAGAGUUUCAGGAGAAAAUCCGGUCUCACUGCCCACCGCCACAUGCACACUGAUGAGAAGCCAUACACCUGUGCUGCCUGUGGUAAGAGCUUCAUCUGCAGCUCUACCCUCAUCAAGCACUCCAUUACACACACAGGUGAGAAGGUUUCCUGCCCUGACUGUGGCAAGAGCUUCACCCGCAUCUCUGCCCUCAACAACCACUGCCGGAUCCACACUGGCGAGAAGCUGUUCCCCUGUGCAGAGUGUGGCAAGACCUUCACCCAGAGCACCUCAUUGCUCCAGCACCGCCUCAUCCACAGUGGUGAGAAGCCCUAUUGCUGCACUGACUGUGGCAAGAGCUUCAGGAGAAAUUCCCAUCUCACUGUCCACCGCCGCUUGCACACUGGAUCACAGGAACUGCAACACAAACCCUGGGGCAGACUGUCUGAGUCGGAGUGAUCUGAUUAGAAGAAGCAAGGAAACAGGACUUUGCUACUUGAUGAAUAUGCCUGUCCUUCUCACCUGAUGAAUAUGCUAAGACUGUCCUGCCAUCUGAUGAAUAUGCCUGUCCUUCUUAUCUGAUGAAUAUGCUGAGACUGUUGCUCCCCAGGCAGCUGAUGUGGCCGACAGAAUUUAGAUUAGAUGAUUUUGCGUGUGAUAAAAUGACUAAUCAAUAGAUAAAGAUUUUAAGACUUCUGACAAAGUGUUCCUGUGUGUUGCCUAAUAAAGUCGGAACUUAGCUUGCA